CUUUUCUAAAGAGACAGAAAAAAAAGAGCCAACUCUCCUCAAAUGCACAGUGACCACCACCACACGCGCACACCCCAAGAAAUGGAGACUGUGAAGGGAAGCAGGAUCAUUCUCGGCCUGGAAAUCAAUCUGAUUCUCUUUUAUGUCGGUGCUACAUAUGAGUGUAUGGUCUUUGUCCAUCAACCGUCUUACCUCGAAGUAGCCCACACUCAAGGGGCCGCAACCAUUCAGUGUUCCUUCUCCCACACGGGGUGCCCUUCAGAGCAACCACAAAGCCUGUGGUUUCGCUACGGUGCGGACCAGCCCGAAAACCUAUGCGUGGAUGGCUGCACCGGGGAUGCAGGCAAAUUCACAGUGAAGGAGGUCCUCACAGAAAGAGCAGUCUCCCUCACUGUAAACCGGGUGGCUCUGAAUGACAGCGCCAUCUACAUCUGUGGAAUCGUCUUUCCCAGUUCAAAGGAACCAGGAGCUAAGCGGACCGGAGAAGGGACCAUACUGGUGGUAAGAGAAAUGAAGGAACCACACAGCCUCCUGAUAGCUGUUGUAUCACUGCUCUCUAUCUACAUUAUUGGUGCACUCGUGAUCUUCGUAAUCCUUUCCAAAUCAAAAUCUAACUCUUUAAGAAACAAAGAAACAGAAGAUUCACAAAAGAAGAGGAGUGCCCGACGUAUUUUUCAGGAAAUUGCUCAGGAACUAUACAGUAAAAGACAGGUGGAAACAAGACAACAACCUGCCGGAGCAUCUUUUUCUGCAAACAGACAAUGAUAAGUGUCCUGAAGACAAGUCUAGAAGAGAAAGGCAACAUUUAACGAAAAUAGAAGAGCACUUUCCAACUAUGAAAGACCAUAGAGAUGUUUUAAUUUUCAAUUAAGUCACUGAAAGUCCAAAUCCAGAAGUUAUGGCAGUGUUAUCGGACAUACGCCCAUCAGGGCUUUAAAAAACCAAUCAAAGGUAAAUGGAAAAGACAAUUCUCCACAAGGAAGGAUGCCACACUACAAGGAAACUAUCACUAAAAGUAAUUACCCAAAAUACUAAAAUCCUACAAAAUACAACUGAAAAAUACUUUCUAACUUGCCAGAAGAAUUCUGAGUAGUCUAACAUUUAAAAAAUUUCCGUUUUCCUAACAUAUAUCCUAUAUUUGUGUCAUUUGACAUACGAGGUAUGUGAGGACUCCUACCCUGAAGAUUAGAAGUCACACCCCAUGCUUCUGUCUGCUUCUGUCUUGAGUGGAAGAAUUGUCUUUAUGGUUGUGGAAGUGAUGGGCCAAUGAGACUAAGAUGGGAGGGAGGGGAAAAAGGAAGGGAAGUGCCAAAAUUUGAGUUUAAAAAAAAAAGGGGGGGGGAAGAAGAAAAGAAAAACCAUCUUGCAAAGUACCUUGGAGCAAACACCGUUCUCCUGGUAUUGCCACUGGGUAACAGUAGAGUGCACAUUUUCCUGCCUGCAUAUGCAAAAUGACUUACAUCAUGCUCCCAACAAAAAGUGAAAAUAGAGUUAAGAAUAUGAUAGCUAGGGCGCCUGGGUGGCUCAGUUGGUUAAGCGACUGCC